UACAACUGGAUGGACAGGUUUGGUAUAUUUCCAGGAAAGAACUGCCAGCUCCGAGACUUCUGCCAAGCUCAUCCCUGUGCCAACGGGGGAACCUGCCUCAACACUUACCCGUAUAUCAUCUGCCAGUGCCGGCCAGGGUUCGAGGGCCACACCUGCCAAUAUGAUGUGAACGAAUGCUUCAGGAAUCCCAGCCCCUGCCUGAACGGAGGCCGUUGCCUCAACACCAUCGGCUCCUUCCGCUGCGUCUGCCCAGCCGGCUCCACUGGCCCGCUCUGCCAGUACCGUCUGGGGCCCUGCACCCCUGGGGUCUGCCUCCACGGGAGCACCUGCCACGAAGUCGGGGACAGGUACCACGGCUGCCUGUGCCCCCCAGGUUACACAGGGCAGUACUGCGAGGUGAACCCAGAUGACUGUGUACAGCAUCAGUGCCACAACGGGGGGACGUGCGAGGAUGGUGUGGGAUCGUAUUUCUGCCACUGUCCCCCAGGGUGGACAGGCUGGGAUUGCUCCGGUGACAUCGAUGAGUGCCAGUUACGGUUGUGUCAGAACGGGGGGACCUGCCACAACACACCGGGGGGCUUCCGCUGUAUCUGCAGCAACGGCUGGGUGGGCGAGACCUGCACCCACAACGUGGACGACUGCCUCUUGGCUGCCUGCUAUCCCGGGUCCACCUGCGUCGACCGCGUGGGAUCCUUCUUGUGCACAUGCCCUCCCGGGCGCACAGGCCUUCUUUGCCACCUGCAUGAUGCCUGCCUCAGCAGCCCAUGCCAUCCUGAUGCCCACUGUGACACUGACCUCCGGACGGGCCAUGCCACCUGUGUAUGCCAGCAAGGUUAUGCUGGACCCAUGUGCUAUGAGGACAUCGACGAGUGCCAGAUGGGGGCAAAUCCAUGUGAACAUGGCGGAAGCUGCCACAACACGCCCGGCUCCUUUGCCUGCCACUGCCUCAAUGGUUACGCAGGCUCACGCUGUGAGUCGGACCUCAACGAAUGCCUCAGCCAGCCGUGCCAGAACGGAGCUUCCUGCCUGGAUCUUCUGGGCCAGUUCCAGUGUCUCUGCCCCUUGGGUUUUGAGGGACCCCAAUGCCAGCUCGAGGUGGACGGCUGUGCGAGCACCCCCUGCAGGAACGGGGGCCAGUGUCAGAAUUCUGCAGGGGUCUUCCGCUGCGUCUGCCCCCAAGAUUUCGAGGGAUCCCAGUGUGAAAGAAACACAGACCGGUGCCUCAGCUCCCCCUGUAGGCAUGGAAGCUGCAUAAACACACCAGGGACCUUCAUGUGCAUUUGCUCCCCGGGCUACACCGGACCCCUCUGCACAGAGCUGGAUGACCCCUGUCCCAACUGGCAGUGUCUCAAUGGGGGCAGCUGCCAAGGGACUGAAUCUGGGCCGCGCUGUAUCUGUCUGGCGGGUUGGACUGGCCACGAUUGUGGUGUGGAGGUAGAUCCAUGUGACCCUAGCCCCUGCCACCAGGGGGCCACGUGUCAGAGCCACGGAGGCGCCUUCCACUGCGUCUGCCCCAGCGGCUACGUAGGUGCCACGUGCGAAGAAGACGUGGAUGAAUGCAGUUCCAGCCCCUGCCUCAAUUCCGGAUCGUGCCUCAAUAGCCCGGGAAGUUUCCAUUGUGUCUGCCCCGGAGGGUACACAGGACCGAAAUGUCACCUAACCCUCGACCUUUGUUCACCCAACCCCUGUCAAAACGGAGGCCAGUGCGUCGUGAAGGAAUUUGCUCCAUUUUGCCUCUGCCCGCUUGGCUGGGAAGGCUCUCGUUGCCACCAAAAGACAACCCAGAAGGGAGACCAAUGCCCGUAUCCAUCUGGAGGGGAUGAUUGUCAGUGCCUACCUGGGAAGAAAUGCCCCGAUGGAAGAGUCUGUACUGAGACACCUGAUGGAUACCAGUGCCUCUGCCCCCUGGGGACCAAAGGUCCCACUUGUGAUUUGGACCCCUGUUCCCUUCCUACUUCCCAUUGCUAUCAUGGGGGGACCUGCUUGGCUCGGCCUGAAGGGGUUUCUUGCCUCUGCCCUCCUGGGUAUGUUGGUGACCAUUGCCAGGGGGUGGUAGACCCCUGCUUCUCCCAACCUUGCCACCCCUCCGGCGCCCACAGUUGCCAGUCCCAUGCCAACGGCUUCCAGUGUUUGUGCCUGCCAGGGUAUACAGGGAUUCUGUGUGAGUCUGUGAUGAACAGUUGUCAGCCAAACCCAUGCCUCAAUGGAGGAAGUUGUCAUGUGUUGCCCGACAAUCUUCUGGAAUUUACCUGCCACUGUCCUCAGGGUUAUGAUGGAGCCACCUGCGACCUGCAUGCUCCUCGGUGCGGGAUCCUCUAUUGCCACAAUGGAGGGGUCUGCAUUUUCCAUCCGUCCGGACUCCAAUGCCUCUGCUUGGGGGGGUUCUCCGGACCAGACUGCCGCCUGCCCCAGUGCUCUUCCAGGUCCUGCCCUGCUUCCAACACUACCGUUGAAUGCCAGCAGGUGGCAGGAGAUGGACGUUGUGACCGAAUCUGCAGCUCCCCUGAAAACUACUGGGAUGGGGGCGACUGCUCCCUAGGGGUGCUAGAUCCCUGGGUCGGCUGCCCCAAGCAGGACAUGUGCUGGACAACUUUCCGGGAUGGACAAUGCCACCAUCCUUGCGAUAACGAGGAGUGCCUGUUCGAUGGCUACGACUGCAGCCGACAGAUGCGGUGCAACCCUCUGUAUGAGCGAUACUGCUGGGACCACUUCUCUGACGGCUACUGUGAUGGAGGCUGCGACACAGUCCUUUGUGGCUGGGACGGGGGAGACUGCUGGCCUGCCUCCGUGGAGGGCCCAGCGUUGGGCCUGGUGAUUCUCCUACCCCGAGAAGGGCUGCCCCAGUUCCUGCGCUCCCUGGCUGUCGCUCUGCGUGGGGCGCUGCGGCUUCAACGGGACCCUCAGGGGAGAGAGAGAAUUUACCCCUACACGGGAAAAGAAGAGCUUGGAACCAGCAGCAACUGGACAGGGGCAAAGGAGAAAUCUGCUGCCGAGACCAUCGGGUUUACCGUUUUCCUGGCCAUGGAUGAGAAUCUGUGCUCAGGGCUGUGCCCCACGUCCCCCAAAUCUGCCCUGAAUUUCCUGGGGGCCUUAGCAGCCAAAGGGACCCUCGAAUCCCUCAUUCCCUACACGGUGGUAGCUGCCUGGAUUGAGUCUGCGAAAAACGAUCCUCAGGCCUCAGUUUCCCGUUUUCCCGGCCCUCUUAUUUACUGUGUGGUGGCCGGAGUUGCGGCAGUUGUGCUUGGCAUCUUUUUGGGGGUGUGGAGGAUCCGCCGGCCCCAACGGCGGGAACACGGCUUGCUCUGGCUUCCACCUGGAUUUGCUCCGCAGCAGGGCAAGAAGCGGCGAUGCCGGAGAGAACCUGUGGGCGAAGAUGCAAUCGGACUGAAGCCAAGGAAGUCAGGUACUGAAUUUGUAGAGGAUUCUGAUAUGUGUUCAAGCCCCCACUUCGAUGGACCUCUCAGCCUCGAGAAUAUCAAGGAUGAUCCUGAUUCCAUUUCAGACCAAAAUCAAGACCAGUCUAGGACAAAGAAACAAACUUGGACGCCUCCGCGCACGAUGGGUCCACCCCGCUAAUCCUGGCCACGCGACUCGGGGUCGAAAAUAUGGUGGAGGAGCUGGUCGCCAAUCGUGUA